AUGAUAUGUCUUGAUCAUACUCAGUCAAUUUGCCCCCAAGUCUUCCGGAACAUCAGCACAAUCGUUAUGCUUGUCGUUUUCUGGAUUCGCUCAUGCUACUUAACGAGCGACACGCAAAGAACCGCAAAGACACAGAACACGAUCUGGAAUGCCCACAUGUGCGGCUACGUUAUAUUCCUUAACCUUUGUGGAUGUUUUGGGGAGCUUCUAUUCGACACGAAUUGCCCCCUGAUAUACCAAGAGAUUGACCGCAUCAACAACACAGAAGCAUGGGCAGCGGAUGCCAUCAACGAGCUUCCCUUUGAACUCCCCGACCACUGCGUCCCUGGCUGGCACAACACGUGGAUUAUCUCGAGCCAUGAGGUCUGUUCACCACAAUGGUGGUCCAACUGCCCGUCUGUCACUGUACCGGGCUAUCCACAGCUUUGCUCUAUUGAAAAUGGAAGAAUUUGA